AUGGAAGCAACAAAUAAUAAACCAGAUUACUAUUUGAGAAGAUAUGCAAUAUCAUCUUGCAUGCAAGAGACAGAAGUUCGAUAUUUAAGAAACGGCGGAAAAUCCUCCAAUUGGAAAAAAGCAAUUUUAGCAAAAAUAAAUCUUCAAGAAAACAAUUGGAAGAAUCUUGAUAUCAAAGAAUCCAUUAACCAAACAAAAUAUAAUAUUAAAGAUAUCGAAAUGGAUGAAGCUGAUGAUAAAAAAACGUAUUUUAUUAAUCUCAAAUUCGAAGACAAGGAUACAUUUUCAUUUACAGCUAACAAAGAAAUUUUGGAUUGCUUUUAUUGCGGAAUUUCAAUUAUUCUUAAUAAAGAAGUUUCAAAUGACUUUUUCAUUAAGUACUUCGACGAAUUUACACAUUUGAUUGUAGACAGAUCUAAAUUCCAAAGGCGCGUUGACAAGGAGUUUGUUAUCCCUACAUUACCACCAGAACGAGUAGGGGUAAUUUUAGCUAAAAGUGACACGCCUGUAAAAAGUGACACACCUGUGAAGGGUGUGAUUACCGAUCGGUAA